AUGAUGUCCUUCCGCACAUUCCUUCCGCUUUCCCAGCAAAGCUUCAUCGAGAUGCCACAGCUGCUUGGCCUCAAACCAAAAUUGCAAUCAAAGCCGGUCAACAAGUGCUCUCUUGAUUUCAUCCUGUCAAACGACAAGGUCAUCGCGAAGCCAGUGUUGUUGCCUUCGUUCCCAUGGACUUCGCCGCAGCGAGGAUCAUCAAACAAGACAUUUGCUCCAGUAGUGGCACCUCCCUCUGGUCAAUGCAAAAUCGCAAAACGCCGCCGGCUCCAGAAUAUCAGUGUGUCCAAUGGUAGCUCGAAAGUAUCAGGCAAGGCUGGAAUAGCGCUCGCAAAUGGCACGGUCGUCAAAAAAGGCAGCAAGUACUGCAUGAGUUGA